GCCUGUGAAUAUUAUUUUAAUCUGCAUUCCGCAGCUUUGCUGCCAAGACAAUGAUACUGAAGGUCUUUGUGUCGCUUCUACUUGUGUAUGGAACAGCAGGAAUCACGCCACCAAAGGGCAACCAAAGUAAACUUCCAUGUGCUUUUGAAGCUUAUGAUCUGGACAAGGAUGGCGAGGUUCAAAGAUCCGAGUUCCUUAAGAUUGCUCGUGGACAUCUUGAAGCUGGAACUAUUUUUAACCGAUUGGAUAUAAACGAUGACGGAAGCAUUGAAAAGCAGGAAUAUGUAAAGAUGUAUCCACUGCUUCGAACAGAAUACCGCAUUUUCAGACACUGUACACGGAAAGGUGUUUGUGAUUGUUGGCUUUGCUGCGUAUGGAAAAAGAAAUAAUCAAUUAGAUGUCAUUAUCUUCUAUUAAAAAA